AUUUGAUAUGCCAAUGAAAAGACCGUAGUGAGGGAUCAGAAGACCUUAAAGAAAUUAAAUAACUUCUCUUAAAUCUGGAGGUCUAUUUAACAAGUUGAAGUCGGUUGGUUUAUGAAGGAAUCUGUGCACCAAAUACCUGUCUUCUAACAUAAUUACAAAAGGGAAGUAAGUCUUUCUCAAAUUGUGUCUAUAAAGGAUAUAUAUUUGUUACAUCAGGAACAGAUAAUUAUCAAAAUGUCAAGGUGAACUUCUGUAACAAGAAAGAAAUAUACGUUGACUGAUCAUGCUUAUAAAUAUUUAGUCUACCACUUCUACUUCUGACACGCUUCCCGUAUCGUACUUUUGUCAUAAAUAUUGAACCUGCCUAUACAAUCAUGAUCCGAGUGUUUGUUUAUGGGACAUUAAAAAGAGGACAACCAAAUCAUCAUUUGAUUGAGAAUGUUGUAAACGGAAAAGCUUUGUUUAUUGGUGAAGGAAAAACGGUUGUUAAAUAUCCUCUUAUUAUUGCAAGCAGAUGUAAUAUUCCAUUUUUAUUACCGGUUGAAGGAACAGGGGAGAAUAUAACUGGAGAGAUAAUUCACGGAGAAAUGUUUGACGUAGAUGAACCUAUGUUGAGACGUUUAGAUGCACUUGAAGGUCAUCCCGCAUGGUAUAAACGAGUAGAAAUUCCGAUUGCUAACAGCAACGGGUGUUCCAAAUGUUGGUGUUAUAUGCUGGAGCAUUUCAAACCUGGCCUUUUACACUUGCCAUACCUUUCGAAUUUUGAUUUUCAUAGUCUGCCUAAAGACCAACAGUAUAUGGCACCAGCAGCGAGAUCUAAACAUGAUACAGAAAACUUUUGGAUUGACGUAAAACGAGAAGAGUUUUAUAUUUCACCAUUGCAGUUCGAAGAGCUAUAUCCUUACGCCAAGGACAAAUACUAAACUAUACUUUUGUGCUUUGGUAAACGCUAUUAACUGUCCUUUCCUAUAGCUAGAUUUAGAUAUUCCAGUUUUACACGGGAAACUCUACACUAAAAUAUACGGGGAUAGGGACGAUUUUUCGUUUCCUAUUAUUAAUUUUCUUUUUUGGAUAAUGAUGUUCCUUUUCAGCAUGAUCAUCUUGCUUUGUGUAUAUUUCACAACACGUUCGCUAUGCCUGUGUCUGUUGUGACGUUUUAGGUUUUAAGUAUCAGUCAUUUAUGUAUUAAAAUAAUGGUAAUAUUCAGGGAUUUCGUUACCACAAAUUACUUCAAACUUUUACUAAA